CAGUCCUCAGAUCUGUUCGAAUUACCAACCGUAUUCACUUCAAGUAUGGCAGCCGCCAUGCAAGAUGCUGUCCGCCAGCCGGCGUUAUCCUCUUCUCAUCAAGAUAUCAAUCCGUGAUCAAUCGCUCUGACACCAUGUCUCCCCCCGCUGCCAUCUUUGAGUCUCCUGCCUCUGCCGUCCUCGGCAAUGGACUAGACGUCAAGAAGACUCUCGCCGUCAAGGCUGUUGCUGCCGGCCCGGAUACUCAAGCAAAGACAGUGGCCGACCUUGAGAAGAAUUGGGACAACUUUACCUUCGCCCCCAUCCGUGAGAGCCAGGUCUCUAGGGCCAUGACCCGUCGCUACUUCAAGGACCUUGACACGUACGCCGAGUCUGACAUAGUCAUUGUCGGUGCUGGAUCAUGUGGUCUUUCUGCCGCGUUCGUGCUCGCUUCAAAGCGCCCCGACCUUAAGAUUGCCAUCAUUGAAGCCGGUGUCGCUCCCGGUGGAGGCGCAUGGCUUGGCGGCCAGCUGUUCAGCGCCAUGAUCAUGCGCAAGCCUGCUCACCUGUUCCUCAAUGAGCUCGGCGUCCAGUAUGACGACGAUGGCGACUGGGUCACUGUCAAGCACGCGGCGUUGUUCACCUCGACACUCUUGAGCAAGGUGCUUCAAUUCCCCAACGUCAAGCUCUUCAACGCUACGACAGUGGAGGACUUGAUCACUCGCCCUGCUCCGACUGCUGCAGACCCCAACGCUGUGCGGAUUGCGGGUGUGGUCACUAACUGGACUUUGGUGUCCAUGCACCAUGACGACCAGUCCUGCAUGGACCCCAACACGAUCAACUCUCCCCUCGUUAUCUCGACGACUGGCCAUGACGGACCCUUUGGCGCGUUCAGUGUCAAGCGCUUAGUCAGUAUGAAGCAGAUUGAAAAGCUCGGCGGCAUGCGCGGCCUCGACAUGCGCACUGCGGAGGACGCCAUCGUCAAGCGCACUCGCGAGAUUGUGCCUGGUCUGAUUGUGGGCGGCAUGGAGCUCAGCGAGGUUGACGGAGCAAACCGCAUGGGCCCUACCUUCGGCGCAAUGGCGCUCAGCGGCGUGAAGGCUGCCGAGGAAGCCUUGAGCGUGUGGGACGAGAGGAACGCGCAGAACAUAGAGUAAGCUGGCCUGCUGGCAGUGGUGCUUGUCUGAAUAAAACCCGUCACUCGUUA